AUGUAUUCCCACACUCCCGGCUCCGGUCCUCGUGCUUGGAACAGCACGUCCACCAACCCCACGAGCACACCGGACUACACCGAAGUCUACUUCAGCUACAGUUCCAAUUUGUCACCGCAAACCAUGAAAGGCCGCCACCCCCAUUCCCUCUUCGCAGGCCUCGCCCUCCUCCCCAACUGGCGCUGGACAAUCAACACCGAGCACUUCGCCAACAUCGUCCCCUCGACCGCACCGCAAGACAAAGUCUACGGCGCCCUCUACUUCAUCACCGCGCUGGAUGAGAGCGGACUGGACGACAUGGAAGGCGCGCCGACGCAUUACCAGAAGCAGCACCUGGAAGUCACGAGGAUCAACGCGGACGGCUCGGCUACGGAUCAGAAGGUCACGGCGCUGGUGUAUGUUGAUACGAUCCGGACGGAGGAGGCGGCUAUUGCGCCUGAGUAUCGCGUGUGGAUCCGGAAGGCGGUGCGCGAUGCGAAGCCCUUUGGACUGCCGGACGGGUACGUGGAGGAGGUUAUUGCGCCGCAUUUGGUGGGGGAGGAUGGGGAGGAGGACAUGGAGCCUGUGCGGGUGGUGUUUUCGCGUGACGCGUUUGAUAGGUGA